UUUAGAUGUUGCUGGAUUUCAUUUACCUUACCAGCAAUCAUCCAAUGUUGACAGUGGGCUGGCUCCAAAAGAAACUGAAGAUCUUUACAGAUAUGAGCAAAUCCCUUUUGCUAAUUCUACUCCUGAGCAGUUCAGAGUCCCUAGGCCUCAGGUUAGAUUAUUUGGAAAGGAAAAACUGGAUGUGGAAACCUUGCCACCACCACCACCACCACCACCACCACCACCACCACAUUUGACCCCCAUGUUUUCAUCUCAAUCUCUUGGUUUUGACCUUAUACAUCAUAAUGAGCAGUUCCUUCCCACUUACAUCCCAGCACAGCCCCACUUCCCAACUGCCAUUAACCACCAACAACCCCCCAUCAUACCAUCUUCACAAACAGCUGAGAUGAUUCAACAUGACCACGUGCAACUAAACCACCCUACUCACCCUCCGCUGGCCACUUCCCCUCAUCACCUGCCAUCAUUUUCUUUACCGCAGUUUGCCUCCCAGGUGAAUAAACCAUCUUACCCUCGAAACCCACCAAUGUUUCAAAUGGAGCAAAUGCCAUCAACAGUCCCAAGAGUACAAACUGAUGACCUUUCAUUGAUGCAUCCACCGUCAUAUCCCCCACUGGCCGCAUCAAAACCAGUACAUGGCAUCAACCCGCCUCCCUUACUCAGGCCAGGAAUGUCAGCUAAUCAUAUGGACUUUCAACCACACGUCCAGCCAGACCACUUUCCCCCUCACUUGUACAGAAGAGACUUUACACACCAAUCCCCAAUUACAAGCCAAAGGCCAACCUCUCCACAGAGACUACAAAACCCUUAUGUUUCACCACAGUUCCAUGUGAAUGGAGAGUCUUUUACUUCUCAGCCACCUGUUACACCAGUGAGGGCUGGAAUUGGGCUUCAGAAGGUUCAAUCUCGAUCCCCACAUCAAAGUCCCAUAACUACACCAAGAGGAUCCCUGAGGAAGGGAGAGGGUCCGCCCCCUGAUCCAAGACUAUAUCUCAGACAACAACAGCAUUCAAGUGCAUCGCCGCUUCCAUCUUCCAGAGCACAAAGUAGACAACGAAGAUCCCAAGUGAGGAGAUCGCCUUCUUCACCUCCAUCUUUUUUACCAAGAGAAAGAGCUCCUCUAUCUGUACGUGCUCAGUCUCCCCAUCAAACUGUCCAAGCUACCCCCAUCGAUCAUCCUCCCUCUCCUUCCCAGUCGCAGAAUACCAGGCAGCCCCUCCCCAACCACACUUCUACUCACAAGUUUAAAGGUGUUUCAGGAAGCCCAAGUCACGUUCCCAUGGGGUCUGUGAAACCUUCUCCAGCUAACGUCCACCCAAGAAGACGAAGUCGACGUAGACCCCCUGUUACUCAGCAUGUAGCUCCAUUCAGGUCCUCUAUUCGCAGUUGCCGAAGCCCUCCCUCUGGACAGUUAAAUGGUGUAGUUGAGAUCCCUAUGCUAGCAAGGAAAGGGAAAGGCUUGCAGUCAAGGGACUCAAAACCUCAAAUGGGCUUCCAAAGACCUAUUGGUAGGGGACAGCCACUAGUACGUAUGCCCAGACAUCAGUCCUCUCCUCCUUCAUUCAGAGAACCUCCUCCAAGGCCCCUGGUGUCUCGGCAGCCGUCAUUCAAACAGGCCACCUCAUUUUCUCCUCAACCAUUUGGGAAUGAGCUCCAUAAUGGACUGCAAUCUCCAUAUCCAUUUCAGGAAUCAUCUACCAUACCUUUAGCUUCUCCUCAGAGCAAUGGAUUUUAUUCACAUCCCUCCCAACGAAAUAGGACCAAGAGUCCCCAGAAUGUCGGAGCAACAUCUUUUCACCGUCCAAUUCCUUAUCCGAUACCACGACCAAGUACUCCUUCACCCUCUCAGAGUGUGAAAGAGUUUGGCCACACAGCUAGUGAGCCAGCUACAUCUUUAUUUCUAACAAAUUCAUCUCAAAAUCAUACCCCAUUUCCCCUCUAUCAACUUCCCUCUUCUCUAUCUUAUGUCACUCACCACACACCCCAAAGACAACAGGAAUUUUACCCUCACUCAUCUGCUGGUGAGAUUGUGGCUGAAGCCCAAAAUGGCCAAGAAGUGACUCAAAAUGCCCCUCCAGGUCAAUCCAAAUAUUUGAUGCAGGGCACUCACCUGCACAGUUCCUCUUACUCAUCUCCCCUCCUCCCCAACGCCAACCCAGACACAACUUUCCUUUCACAAACACAUUCAUCAGUUCCUGGUCCCUCAUCAACAUCAUCACCCCCAUGUUUAUCCUCUGCUAUGCAUAAUACCCAGCUACGUAAUAAAUCUUUUACGUCACCCCUUCAGCGACAUCUCUCUCCCAUGUCUCAUGCCUCUACUGCUCAACAAACUGUCAGAGUUAACUCCUCACUUCUCUCUGGACUUCAGACCUCACAAAUCAAAGGAUCAAUGUUUAAACCCACGGUCGACACCUUAACAACACCCCCAAAUCCUGUUGAAACUCAAUUUACCAUUGUUGAUGGAGUUGAUGGAGCUAGUGGAACAAAUCAGUCAUCCCCUCUUCUCUCCAAUGCUAUGCAGAAGUCAAAUUUUCAUCAGGCUUCCUAUCAACUACCUGAUGGCAUGAUUAUAAAUCAAAGUGAACCUGCUGAAUACUCUCCUGUACAGCCCCAUUCCUCCCCUGUGUUGUCCUCUGCCCUUCUUAAUCCCCAUUUGCAGCGAGGCACAUAUCGCUUACCUAGUGGCAUGCUAGGGACCAGUUCAGAGGCCAAAACCACAACCAUUCCUGCAUCACCAAUGCUUUCUUCUGCAAUGCUGAAUCCCAAAGUUAGGAAACCUAUUUACAAACUGCCUGAUGGUACGACAGUUUUGAGAACAAAGCCAUCGUCAGAGACUGUCGCAACCUCCUCUCCGAGACUGUCUUCUGCACUGGUAAAUGUUAAUGCUCUAAAGUCCCCUUAUCAACUCUCAACCAGUUCAAUUAAAAUUCAGCCAAGAGAAACAAUGAAGAAUCCUGAAAGUACAUCCCAAAUACUUCAUCUUCACGAGGCACAGUCUCAGCUUCCGGAAGGUUCAUCACAUAAAAUUCAAGCUUCAACAUCAAUGGCCACUGGACCUGUCCUUUCUGGUGCCUUGCUGAACACGAGCAUCCGUGGUGCCACUUACAGACUCCCAAACCCAUCACUACUGAGGGAAACUGCUCCUACAGUGGCUCCAGGCAUUGACCUUUCCAGUGCUCUACGAAACCCGAACAUCAGUCGUCCUACCUCCCGUCUGCCAACCAACAUUGUGAUGGCCCCACACCAGUCCACCUCUACGCAAAAAACAAUUGACCUGUCCAGUGCUUUGUCAAAAAGCACUAACAUCCGCGAAGCAAAUUUCCAUCGAUCUGACAACAGUAUUGGGCCUCGACUCGAUACCCUCGGCACCCCGGAGCCCCAUUCUUUUGAUCUCUCUGGGGCCUUAAAGAACCCAGUCCUUCAGGGGGCCUCUUAUCGCCUUCCUUCUUCAUGUGCUGUGGUUUCACCACAUGUCCAGUAUUCCGUUCCUGAAAAGCACUGGGCUCAUGGCUCCGAAGUUAAAGUUGUGGACCUGCAGCAAGACAUGGAUGUAUGGGGUGCAGAGAGCAUAUUACCUCAUGGGACAGUACAAAACCUCAAUAAGUGGUCUGUGUGUGGCGAUGAAAACUUAAUUGACCACCAGCACUUGAUGACUCAGCAAAACAGCCCUAAAACAGGGGUGUGUAAUCUCAACAGGGAAGGGGAACCUCAGGGUCCGUGGUUUGACAAGGUAAGCACUUUUGACAGCCCAUAUACCGUAAAUAUAUAAUUAUGUGUAUU